UCGAUCCUAUGGUGCUCACCCACGUUCCACAAUUUCAUCUUUUCCACUUCCUUAUCGUUAAGUUACGUGCGUAAUAAUCGCGUUACUUUUAAAUUAACUUUGGUACGCUCUUCUUGAUUUAUUUUUCGGCCGUCUGAUGGGUUAUUAUGGGUUUUUCGGAAAGUUUUCCUCUUUGAGCAAUAAGUGCUAUUUAGGCAUAUUUGUUCGUAAGUGAACAUCCUACUCGACCAGAAUGCUGAUGGAUCGAAAGGCGUAAAUUUCACAACUCACAGAGACUCUCUCAUUUCAAGCAUGGUACCAUAACCCAUAAGAUGGUAACCAAGUCCACCACCUUGGUACCUCCAUCAUUGUCAAACAGCAGUUGCACCCACCCCCGAUACCAGAAUGUCACUUUGCUGUCGACAGUUUCGGUCGGUGACGCCCUACAGUCUCUGGUUAUUCUAGCAUUAACUUUUGGGAUCAUUUUUGCCAAUAUUUUGCUCAUUUCGGUUAUCAAUAGCAAGAGAUACACGAAGUAUAUACAUUCGCAGCCCCGAUAUCUACUAACCUCCCUGGCGUGUAACGACCUGGCAAUGGGAUUAUGCGUGACCCCGUUCGCGAUAGUCCCAACCCUUCGCCAUUGCUGGCCCUACGCCGAGAUCGUUUGCCAAGUGCAGGCGCUGCUAAGAGGUGCCAUAAGCCAACAAAGUGCCGUAAUCUUAAUUUGUAUGGCAAUGGAUCGCUAUUAUUGCAUGUUACAUCCAAUGGAUUAUCAUAAGCAAUCCAAUAGAAAGGCCUGGUUCAUAAUAAUAAUCAGCAUAACUUGGGUCGGCUCGAUGUCCCUGUUUACCGUCCUGGUAAUUAAACACGGGGGGUUCUAUUUUAACGCGACAGGCAUGCACGCCUGCGAACCCUUUUACCCGAAAGCAUCCCUCAGGAUACUGGCCGCCUGCGGAUUUUAUUUCACAUUCACGAUGAUCCUGAUGUAUUGCUACGGGUCCGCUUUUGACGUUAACAAGUUGGGGUUUAAGAAACCGCCGGGAAUCCCCGCAUGUAAUUCGGUCGCGUCCGCAACGGUCGAGAGUCAGCAACAAGCCAACAGUAUAGAAAAGCUGUUCGACCACGAAAGAAAACUAGGUCUAGUGUGUUCCCGUACUAUGGCCGCCAUGUCUCUAGGCUUCAUAGUCCUAGUAACCCCCUGGACCAUCCAAGAAGUUGUGGCAGCAUGUACGGGCUCCAGAGCCCCACCAUCUCUGGAUUUCGUCGCAACCUGGAUGACCUUAAGCAACAGCUUCUGGUACCCAUUCAUUUACUGGAUCCUUAACAGCCAAUUCAGGAGGAUAUGUAGGGAGAUUUUCAAUGGAAUUUUCCGAUCUUCUUCUCACCUGAAUAAACAUCAUCAUGAGCAUUUUUGUAACAAUUCGCCUUCGACGAACUUCGUGGGACACACUCCGGAUUGUGAUUUGGAACGUCUGUCGGAGAAGUACUGGGGGGAGAUCUUGGAGCGGACUGUCUCAACCAGUUCACUCCAACCUAACGUGGUAUCUACGUGUAAUGGAGAUAUCGAACUCACAAUCAUGAAUUCGGACUUAUGAAAGCAGGACAAGACCACACAAACGUUCGAUCUGGCUACGUGCGAUAGUAUGGGCAGCUCAGCGGAAACCGCUAUCGUCAGCAAAUGAUCUUGUGUGGUCUUCUGAAAGAAUUGUUAUGUUGGAACUAUUCAGGAACGUUGAAAAUAGUGAGGAAUUGUUGAAACAAUCAAUUGAAACAAUAUGAACUAUUGAUCAAUUUAUGUAAAAUACUUGAGUUUUAGGAGUGAAAUCGGUUACGUCUUUAGUCUUAGUUUCUAAAAUGAAGUGUUUUGCUUAAAUUAAAGCGCCUUAGGGUGACAUCUAUGAUGUAAGCGAAGUAACGUUUAAAACAAUCCGUGCAGAAAAAAACUGUAACAACGUCAGUACCUAGUGGUACUUCCACCUUAAGUGAAUAUUAACAGAUGGCAGGUCUGUCGUUACGGUAGAAAACUAGUCACUUAACAUUCCUUACAUGAACCAGUGAUUGCCACUUAUGAUCGAUGGUUGAGUCAUAAUAAUAGUCUUGAUGAUUGAAUUUUAAUUGCUAUGACAGUGUUGCAAUAUGUAUUGAUUGCUAAAUGGUUGUUUUUUUUCUUUCAUGACGUGUGUGUGGGUUUAUACGUUAAAUAAGAAACUUUGUAUAAGUAGUUAUUUUAUUAAAAUUGCGUUUUGACGAUAAAUCUCCAUGAUGUCUAAGAAGGGUUAUUAUGUCUAGAACCAAAGAAAUAUUUGUUUUAUCUUUAAUGUUCCCUAAGGGGUUUGAAUUGGUGUCGUUUAGUUCAAAUCUUUACUGAUACUU